AUGAAAACGGGCGUUUUAUUCAUAUUUUUAUUUAACCUAUGCUUUGCCGUUAACAGAAAUGAUUUUAAAACAUGUGAUCAAUCAGCAUUCUGUAAAAGACAUCGUGCUAUAACAGAAAACACUGGAUACUCGGUGGUUGAGCAAUCCGUAUCCCAACAGACUAGUAGCUUAGUUGUAGGUAAAAUCAGAAAUACAGACAAUACGCUCGAGCUCAGAGUUUAUGGUUUGGAGUCUUCCGUGCGAAUUCAAAUUGAUGAAACUCAAGAUGCCAUUCGCAAAAGAUUUGUUCCAACAUUUGCUCUGAAUGGGGAACCUAAACAAGCAAGCUUUGCUUCUGUCAAAAUUGAAAGUUCAUCAACUACCCUUUUGACUCAGAACAAGAAGACAAAGGUUGUUGUUAAUUAUAACCCAUUCGUUGUCGAUAUUUAUAACGAAUUUGAUGAACUUGUUGGACAAGUUAACAGAGACGGCAAGCUCAAGGUUGAAGAGUACCGCAACCGCGAUGAUGGAAAGGAAUACCCAGAAGGUUUCUGGGAAGAGUCGUUCAAGCAAUUCAAAGACAGUAAACCUUUCGGAUCAAGCAGUGUUGGAGUUGAUGUAUCAUUCGUCGGUUUCCGUACUGCAUACGGUUUGCCAGAACACGCUGAUAGUUUUGCUUUGAAAUCUACUGUUGGCAACACAGAUCCUUACAGGCUCUACAAUUUGGAUGUAUUCGAAUAUGAGGUUAACAACCCAAUGGCUUUGUAUGUCGCUAUCCCAUAUAUCGUUGCUCACAAAGCAAGUAGAACUGUUGGAGCUCUUUGGCUUAAUGCAGCUGAAACAUGGAUUGAUACUAGCUCAUCUGCUUCUUCGAGAGGAAUGUUCAGAUCUUUGGUUGACAAAGUCGUUUCUGGAGAUACUAUCCCCCAUUUCGAUGCUCAUUUCAUUUCUGAAUCAGGAUUAGUUGAUAUCUUCUUCUUCACUGGACCAAACCCUCUUGAUGUCCAGAAAGGAUUGGCAGAAAUCACUGGGGUCGCUCCUCUUCCACCAAUGUUCGCUAUUGCUUAUCAUCAGUGUAGAUGGAAUUACAAUGAUGAGCAAGAUGUCGCUCAGGUUAAUGAGAAGUUCGAUGUGUAUGAUAUUCCUAUGGAUGUCAUUUGGCUUGAUAUCGAGCACACUGAUGGAAAGAGAUACUUCACUUGGGACAAGAAUAAGUUCCCACACCCAGAUGACAUGAUUAGCAAAGUUGCUUCUAAAGGAAGAAAAAUGGUUACCAUUGUUGAUCCUCAUAUCAAGAAAGAUGAUGGCUACAGUGUUUACAAGGAUGCUAAAGAUUUAGGAUUGUUUGUUAAAAAAUCUGACGGAACUACCGAUUUCGAAGGACAUUGCUGGCCAGGAGCUUCUGAAUAUCUUGACUUCCUCCACCCAGAGACUCGCAAAUAUUGGAUCAACCAAUUCAAGUUUGAUAGAUAUGUUGGAUCUUCUCCUAAUCUUUUCAUUUGGAAUGAUAUGAAUGAGCCAUCUGUGUUCAGUGGACCAGAAAUUACUAUGGACAAAGACAGUAUUCACUAUGGAAAUAUUGAACAUAGAGAGGUUCACAAUAUGUAUGGACUCUAUUAUCACUCUGCUACGUUCGAAGGAUUGAUUCAAAGAACUGGUGGACGCGACAGACCAUUCUUAUUGACAAGAUCUGGAUUCGUUGGAACACAACGUUCUGCUGCCAUUUGGACUGGAGACAAUACCGCUGAAUGGAGCCAUCUUGCUAUUUCAAUUCCUAUGCUUCUCUCACUUUCUGUUGCUGGAAAUCCGUUUGUCGGAGCUGAUGUUGGAGGUUUCUUCGGUAACCCUGAUGAGCAAUUGAUCACAAGAUGGUACCAAGCUGGUGCUUUCCAACCAUUCUUCAGAGCUCAUGCUCAUAUUGAUGCCAGAAGAAGAGAGCCCUGGGUGUUUUCUGAUGACACCAGAGAAAGAAUCAAAACUGCCAUCAGAAGAAGAUAUGCUUUAUUGCCAUAUUGGUACUCUCUUUUCCGUGAGCAUGCUCAAACUGGUGCCCCAGUUAUGCGUCCUCUGUGGUAUGAGUUCCCCGAAGAUGAGUCUUUCCUUGAGGAAGAAAGAUCUUACAUGCUUGGUAACGCUUUGCUCGUUCAUCCUAUUGUUGAUAAAGAUACCUACAACGCCAACGUUGUUCUGCCAGCUGGAUCCGACAAAUCAACCAAAUGGUAUGACUGGGAAACUGGUGUUCUCCGAACUCAUGGAUCUCAAUACGUUGAUGCUCCAAUCAACAGUAUCCCAGUUUUCCAAAGAGGUGGUACCAUUGUACCCACCUGGCAACGUAUCAGAAGGGCAGCUAGCUUGAUGUUGAAGGAUCCUUUCACUUUGUAUGUUGCAUUAGAUGAUCAGGGAAGUGCUAGUGGAAACAUCUACAUUGAUGACGGUACUACUCAUGACUACCAACAAAACAGUUACGCUAGUGCAUCUGUUGAUUUUAGAACCCUUUCUGCUAAGGAAGCUACUAUCUUCGGUGUUCCAACUGGUGGUUCUUUCGAAGCUAUGAACUGGAUUGAGAAGAUUGAAGUCCGUGGAUUGACCAAGGAACCACAAGAUAUCUCGAUUAUCCGUUCUUCUGACCCAACUGAGAAACUCUAUUUCACUUACGAUCGUGAUAUGAAGUCGUUGACUAUCAGAAAGCCAUUGGUUUCUGUUACCCAGUCAUACAAAAUCACCAUUCUCUUCUGA